AUGUUCGGAACUUUUGACAGAUCAAAAAAAGGAGUUUACAACUGGAGCGGUACCAAUUUACUCGCUAACCAUAACUAGAUUGUUUCUCCUAGAAGUGAGGAAGAAAUCAUAGAUAUUCUCAAGACACCUAAUAUUAAGAUUCGUAUGAUCGGAAGCGGUCUUUCAUACGAGCCUUUGAACAGGGUAGAUCAAUAAGAUCAUGUUUUAAUGACUUUGGAAAACUAUAGAGGAUUUAUUUCUGAGACUGAUGAUACUGUAACUUUCAGAGCUGGUUCAGCUUUACAAGAAGUAUUCAGCUAUUUAAUUAAGUAGAACAAAAUGCUUCCCUCCAGCCCUGGUGUUAUUGGUAUUUAAACUCUCGCUGGAGCUAUAGCAACUGGUACUCAUGGUCAAGGUAUGAAGUAAGCAACAUUGGGUGACACUAUUGAAAGAUUAAAAGUAAUAACUGCAGAUGGAGAGAUUUUAAAUUUAGACAGAAAAAGUGAGCAUUUUGGCGCUUUCUUAAUGCACUACGGAAGUCUUGGUGUUGUAGUUGAAGUCACAUUCCGCACCAUCCCUAUGGAAAUUUUGACUUGCAAAAAAAUCACAACAAAUUUCGACACUCUCUGCAGCGUAUAUUCAUAAAUGAAUGAAAAGUCUGAUUAUGCAAAAGCCUGGUGGUUCCCUGAAAGCGAUGAUGUCCAUAUUUGGGAUGUAAAUAAAGCAAGCGAAGAAGAAUAAGAACUUUACUUCCAAAAUAACAGGGAAUUAACUUAAAUUAGCUAAUAGACUGACAACUAAUUGAACGAAGCAAUUGAUUAAAUUAUUUUAAAGAUGUCUUAUGAGACUUGCGAUGAUAAAUUUGAAGGUCGUUAAUUUGAAACAGUCCAACGUUUUAAGAGUGUUACUAAUGUAGUUGGAGAUAUCUAUUAAGUUUUUUGCAAAGGUAUUCCAGUUCCUUAAAUUAAUUGUGAAAUAGCAGUCCCCUUCGAGUAGAUUACUGAAGUCCUCCACGCUCUUAGAGACUGGUACAGAAAAUCUGAGCACAAGCCUCACUAUCCAUUCAUAUUGCGUUGCACUGGCGCCUCCGAAGCCUAUCUUUCUGGAUCAUAUAAUAGAAGAGUAUGCUGGGUUGGAUUCUUAGUAUAUCUUGCCAAGGACGGAAGUUUCAUCAAAGGAUCACUUGAAAUGAUGAAGGAAUUAUAAAUUAUCUUAGCAAAGUUCCAAGGCGUUCCUCAUCUCGGCAAGCAUUUCAUAAAAGAAAUCUUUGAUUUUGAAGCCAACUUACCCAAAUGGAAUACCUUUAAGCAACUUAGAAAAUAAUACGAUCCUAGCGGUAAAUUUGAAAAUGAAUAUUUAAAGAAUCUAUUUGCUUGA